GGAUCGCCCAUACUGUGCCUAAUGAAUGUAAGCAAAUUGUUACCCAAUCAAAUCAACCUCUAAUCAUUAUAUUUCACCCUCCACAAUUCCCUAUAUAAACCCCUUCCUCCUCCCACAAUAAACCCUGACCAAAGCAAUGGAGAGCAAAUCCGGACUAAAAGACCGCCUCAUAUACCUUUUCCGGCGGCCUGCGCUGCUCCUCUCCGCCAACUGCGGCGGCUGUCGCUCAAAUCGUGCCGCAAAACAGAACAAGAUAAAUAAGGUGCUAACAGUUACCGGAGAUAGAGCCGAUCAAAAAGGAAGAACCUGUCCUCCUACUUCUCCCUCCUCUUCUCCUUCCAUACUCCAUCACCACCAUUACUAUUACUUCAAAGAAGAGGAAGAAAACAAAACUACAAAACAGAACAAGAAGAAGAAGAAGAAGACGACGAAGACUGGUUCUCCAAGAUGCGAGCUUUUUAGCUCUUCUGCAAUGGAAAGCGUGGACGACUUCGGAUUCUUCAGCAGUAAUGAAGAGGGAGAAGAAGCUGGAAAAGAUGAGGAUAUUGAAGCCUUCUUGUCCUCAAGAAGCUUCUCCUCUGAUUCCUCCGACUUCUACAAAAAGGCUAAAAAAAUGAAGUCUUUUUAUCGCCCUAGAAGAAGAGAGAAGAAAAGCAGACGCCUUUGGGUUAAUGGAAGAAGGAGAGAGCAGGAGGAGGCCGGAUUUGCUGUCACCAAGAAAUCUAGCGAUCCAUAUGGCGAUUUUCAGAACUCCAUGAUGGAGAUGAUAGUAGAAAGACAGAUUUUUGGAGCUGGAGAGCUUCAGUGCUUGCUUAACUCUUAUCUUACGUUAAACUCUGCUCAGAAUCAUCCAGUUAUUCUGAAAGCAUUUGUUGAUAUCUCUAGAGUUUUAUUCGGUUAA